UCGCGUGCGCAAGCGCAGCGGCGGAUCCGUUUUGGCGGGCGGUUGGCGUUGCGCAGAAGGCGGCGGUGGUUCCUUGUGGUCCGGCCUCUUCGCAGAGGAACGGGGACAAGGUUAGGGUGAGAGAACGCUCUCAGUCCCGGAGAAGUGCUGAGAAGUUCCUUAAAGUGUCCACAGUUGCCUGGGAUGCAGAGAAUCACACUGACAGGAUAUAUGUACCUGAGACUAGAUCUGAACCCAAGUCUUCCUUAAUCGAGCUCUCCCUCCACAAUAGCAGGAUGUAUUUGAAGUGAUCUGACCAACCAUAAUCUCAGUAUUUGACCACAGAGAUAAUAUGACAUAAAUUAGGACAAAUCUCUUCAUCAUUUGGUUUAAAAUUGAGGAACAAUUUGAUUUAAUACUACAUUUGGAACCGGGUGGCCUUAGUCCUUCAGGUGAAACAGCGUGCGCUAUGGGAAAGAAAACCAAGAGAACAGCUGAUAGUUCUUCGUCAGAGGAUGAGGAGGAAUACGUCGUGGAGAAGGUGUUAGACAGACGCGUGGUUAAGGGGCAAGUGGAAUACCUACUCAAGUGGAAAGGCUUCUCUGAGGAACAUAAUACCUGGGAGCCUGAGAAAAACCUGGAUUGCCCUGAACUGAUCUCAGAGUUUAUGAAAAAGUACAAAAAGAUGAAGGAAGGUGAAAACAACAAACCCCGGGAGAAGUCAGAAAGCACCAAGAGAAAAUCCAGCUUUGCCAACAGUGCUGAAGAAAUCAAGUCAAAAAAAAAGAGAGAGCAGAGCAAUGAUAUUGCCCGAGGCUUUGAGAGAGGACUGGAGCCAGAAAAGAUCAUCGGGGCAACAGAUUCCUGUGGAGAUUUAAUGUUCCUAAUGAAAUGGAAAGACACCGAUGAAGCAGACCUGGUCCUCGCAAAGGAAGCCAAUGUAAAAUGCCCACAGAUUGUGAUAGCAUUUUAUGAAGAGAGACUGACGUGGCAUGCAUAUCCUGAGGAUGCAGAAAACAAAGAGAAAGAAACAGCCAAGAGCUAAAGCAGGGGUGGCCUCUGCCAUUUCUCUUUGUAUAUAACACAUUCACUUCCCCUUUCCCUUCCCUCUCCCUUCCAGCCCCACCACCCUCUACCCUAAACCCAUUCAUAAAAACGUGCUUAUUACUGUGCCCCACACAAGAGAUGUUGGUAUUGGUUCUCUCAUCACAUACCUGAUGGUCUGAUUCAUGAUGUGUCUGUAGUGAAGACCAGCCAUUUACAUACAUACUGUGUGUAACCCACCCCAUUCUCCCUUUGCCCUGACUUCCCGUACCCCUACUCCCACCCCCCUCUUUGCCCAGAAGAUGAUGUUUAACUUUUUAAUCACCCUAGAGUCUUGAUCUUUGUCAGGAUUAGAUUUGAGGGUUUUGUUACAAUGAUGAUCAUUUUAGUUAUUGGCUUUGGUUUCAUUCAGUGUGUUGAUGACCAACAGGCUGCAGAAUCACAUCGAGGUUGGGAUAGGAUGGGGAAUUUGGAGAUUUUGCAGGUUAUACUUGGCCUGAUUUUUUUAUACAGCCACUAGCAACUGCCUACCUGCUAGGCUUUCCCCAACCCCCUAGGAUACAGUGUGCCCAGUGAGGUCACAUAGGCCUUACUCGCUAGCCUCCCAAUAGAAACACUUGGGGCCCUGGAAAUGGAAAGAUUUUUCUUGAAGUACCUCGGACCCCUCAACUCAUGUCUUUUAGCAGGCUUUGUUUGUUUCUGCAAAAGAGUCCAAAGUGACAGGAUUGUUAACAGUUUGGAUUGUUAGCUGUAGUGCAUGUGGAUGGGGAGAAAAUCUAGUUCAUUUUUUUAUUAUUAACGUGCGGUAUAUAUAUUGCUCCCUUCUCUUCCUCUUAUCUGGUCUGUGUAUUUAUGUAGGUGUGAGUGACUGCCUGGUGCUGGUGCCAAGAUCCUGGAUAUUCUCUUUUUCAUUCUCUCUGUCUCUGUCUCUCUCCCCUUCUCUCUGUCUCUCUCUCCCCCUCCCUCCCUGUCUCCAUCACUGCCAAUUCUUGUAGCCUCCCAAAGCAUUCUUGUUAACCACCAAAGAGGCUUCAAACCAUUCCCCCAACAUCCUUUGUUCUCCUUACCCAGUCCUAAGGAAACUAGGUCUCUUACACUCAAUACUCCACACACCAUUAUUAAAUGAAUAAAGGGGAAGCUCUCAGAGAAAAGCCAUUGGCUUCUCUAUUUUUCCUUUAUUUUUUUAAUGGGAUUUCCUCUUGUUUUCUGGAAUGUGGCACUUUUAAGGAACUAGCUGGGCAGAGGUGGCUAGACAUUUGCAUCUUGACACAACCUCCUGUUGACUUCCCCAUCAAAGUAGGAUCCCCUUUGGGAGUGUGGUUAUAUCCUGAUCCUACCUUUCUUUCCUUCCUCCCAGCCUAAGAAAGAAGACACUUCCUUUUCUCUUUGUAGAUUUAGGGUUUAGCAGAUCAAGUCAAGGUGAGAACUUAAGGAUCCUGAUUACGGUCCUAGUUCCAUGGAAAUAGAAAUAAAUGUGAGAAUUAGCCUUAAUUCUAGGAAUCAGCUGGGGGGGGGGGGUGUUAAACAUACUCAGCUCUCUGACCAGGAACAUUUCUACCAUUGUUGACGAUUGUUCAGAGUAAGGGGAAAUAGAUCAAUUUCUAAUCUGUGGAUCUCAGAUCAUGCACAAAUCAUGCAUUGAUUUGUAGUGUUUUUGAUCUCAGUUGCCUGUAAGUUAAACUGCUGGUUGGAGUUCUGUGCAUUUCUAUAAAUUAUCACAAACACCAGACUGUACCACACUAUAGAGAAGACGGUGUUUCUUUCUGUAGCAGUCUGGUAGACUGGAAUGAUGACACUUGGGUGUUUCCCUAUCUGAGGCAGCGGGAUUUGGUAAGAACAGGAAAUUCUGGGCCUCCAGCAACUGGAGGGUUUUCAUCUCUUCUCUCCCCUUGCAGCAACAGAAACAAUUCAGGCACAAGAACCAUUAAGAGUUGAUCAUACUUGACCUGGGUGGAAGGCAGGCAGGCAGGCAGGCAGGCAGGGGUGGUUCUGACAAAUGAUUCCCAGGUCAGACACUGCUCCUCACUUCUUUACCGUGUGUCCUGCUACUUCUCCCUUCUGUUGGAUCCCAGUGCCACACUGGAUCUUUGUCUGUAUUGCUUUCACCCCCAACUCUGUGAUAACUGGUUUUUCAGGAAUGUAGGGAGGCCAUAGCCCUAGGCUAGGUGACUGGCUCCAGCCUCCCUUCCCUCUUUCCCUUUUAUAGAAGGAAGAAGGAUUGCUGUCAGAGCUUCAGCAGCAGAUGUCUGCCCAUGCCCACCACCCUAGCAUUUUUUUUUUAACAGCAAAGCAGCUGGUGUAGGCUUUCUUGGCCCUAGAGAAAGUAGUUUCAAGUAGGAGCACGUUUUCCUGGAAUUCUGUGCCCUUGGAGAAGUUAAUAUCUGUGGCUUAAAUACUUUCAUGCCUGGGUCUUAGAUGUUAAAAAUGUGUUGGACUCUAGUUGUCAUUCAAAAGUCAUGAUCCUUCCUAAUAACCAGACUUCUAAGUCUCCCAGUUUCCUCUCAAGCACCCCUCCCCCCCAGCCAAAUGGAAUAAGUGGAGGGGGAUGGAGCAGUCAGUGGACAGGCAGAUGGCCCCCAUGUUGAGAUCUUAAACUGCCCCAGCUGUUAGACUACCAGCAGAAAUAGAAGCAGUCUUGAGUUUGAGAGGAGACAAUCCUUUGCCCCCUUCUAACCAGAAAUCCAGUUCUUGUCUGUCCUAGGAAGUCGCUUGCCUCCUGCUCACUGAGAUUCUUGCUCUAGCUUUCAAGACAUUCUCAAGGAUCUAAAUGUACUUGAUUGCAUUCUGUGUUCCUAGAUUAUGCCACUAAAGGCAUUGCCUCUAGCUUUUGGUUGUCUGCUUGACACCUGGAAAUGGUGCUUUGUAGAUGGCACUUGAGAUGCUGUGACUUGUGUCAUCACAUUAGAGGUUAGGUGGAUAUCCUCAGCAUUACCACCUGGAGAAUGAUUCAGUUAUCCAAGAAGGGCCUCUGAUACAGGAGGCUGGACAUUUGUCUCUUGUGACUGGUAGAGGGUUGAGUUGUUGCCACAUGUCUAUGCUGUUUUAUGGAGCCAGGGAUAACAAGGUUAUUUUGAUCCAAAUUUUGUCAGCUCUCUUCUAGAGACAAUGUUUGCCUUGUGCCAUAUAAGAUGCCAUAUUACCCAUCUUUGUAGUGAAUAUGCCUGGAGCUGGGGCAGAAUCAUCUCUAACAGACAUGAUGUCCUCCAAUUGGGUAGAUAAUCAGCAUCACUAAGAAGCCACAAAGGUGACUCUUCUCUCUUCAUUUUCUCAGUGGUUUUGGGGUCAGUCUGCUCUGAGUCCUGUCCUAUCAAAGCCAAGGGAGGCAUCCUCUGAUGGGACUGCUGGUGCUCCAGCUUGAGUUAGCAUCUUUUUAGGAACUGCUUGGCCUUUCCUCUCAGGUGGGCUUAAUUGUGAAACCAUGGCUGAAUGGUAAGACUGUCUGGUAGUGUAGCCUGCAUCUUUUAAGGUUAUCCUCCUGCAUUCUUAACUUGCAGAAUCCUCUCAGCUUCUUUACUGUCCUGCUCUGACAAAACCCACCCUGCAGUCAUCUCUUCUUAUUAGGCCAAAAUCAUAAAGACUUGGGUGCACCAUAAACACUUGGGCCAGAGGAAUCAUUCAAACUAUUUUCUUGACCCCAAGAAAAAGAUGGAUUUUGACCACUGGUUUAGAGUAGCUGCAAAUUAGGUGGCAGGACUAGUCCCCUCUGAAAUGAAAAGUCCUUCUUAAUCCCUUACAUUUGUGUCUUCAUGGAAAUCUCUGGGGAAACAAGGAUCUAUAGUGCUGGGUGGGUAGUGGGUAUCUCUAGGUCUGGUAGUAAAAGGGAUUAAGGGGAGGGGGGAAGCAUUUCUUCAUUGUUUUGGGGCUUAGGUUUGGGAUUAGAGGAAAUGAAAACUAUUUUGUCAACCUUGCUGGAGCAUUGUCUAGUCUACUUUCCAGGUAAUAGGAAGUUUCACGCUGGGUCUGCUCCACCAUCAUAUUGACUUUAUAAGGACAGAUGAGUGCUGUGGGUUGCUCACUUCUCAGAUUACAGGUCUUUCCAUUUGUAGCCCUGCCCUAGAUUCCUGGUGGUCUGGACUGAAGGCUGCUGGAGUGCAUUUGGUAUUUCCUUUUACAGGGAGGGAGCCCAAGCUCAGUACCCUUCUCCAUUGUUUUUAGAAAAACUUCAUUUGAUUUCAUUUGUUCCUUAAGGUAUUUUUGGCCUUAUCUCCUCAGAGCCCAACUCAUUGAGGUUUUGAGGUGAUGAAAGAGUGCCUUAUGGAUCAGAUGGAGUAUUCAAGGGUCAGAGAACUCUGGUUUGAGUAGCAAAAUAAUUGGAAUUUACUCACUAACCUUCUGUCAAUUGAGUCUGUAUGUUGAGGUUUUUAAAAAUUUUCUCCACUAGUGGUGAUGGAUUUGCACUAAUCCUUUCAUUCUCUUGACUAGUCCUUUGUUACCAGUGGCAUAUAUUUACAAGAUGUUGGCUCUGUGUCAGGGUCUAUUGCAACCUGUAACCUUGGAAUAGAGGGACACUAACUAUCCCAAUCAGGAAUUCAACCUAUGAUAUUGGCCUUUUUGUGAGUAGUGUCUACUUAUCAGUUGUGCUUAAGCUGGUCACAGACCAUAUCUGUGAUCUCUUAAAAAAAUGAAGGUAACUCAAGGCUAGAAAAUGUUUUCAUUUUUGGAAGAGAGGACUUAACAGCUUUUUGGUGAAAUGGGAGUCCUUCAUCUUUGUCCCAGACUGAAGGGGUUCCAGUUGAAUCUCCUUGACCAAGGGUCAUUCUGGGCAGAGUUAGAUUCCAUACAGACAGGGAUUUUGUCUUACACUUUUGUAUGUGUGUCUGUCAUAGGACCUAGUAUAUAUAGUGCUUUGUGUGUGACAGAUGCUCAGUAACUGCCACAUUUACCCAAACCCCAUUGUAGCUAAUGUUCUGGUUUGUAAAAAGCAUUUAUUUUAUUGAAUGGUCAAGUGUGUCCCUUUGGUAGAUGAUAACAACUUUGAUUCCUUGACAAACCUUUUACCAGAGCUACUCGUCACCCUUUUAAUAAUUCCUUUCCUUAAAAAAAUUUUUUUAAGAUUGGUUAGAAGGCCUGAAAACAAGAAGGAAAGAGAAAUGGGAACAUGGAUUAUUCACAAGUAAGCUGCUCUGCUCCUUGAAUGGGUGAAGAUUGCAAAAUAUUUCGUUUCUUUUCUCUUCAUCUGAAUUUCUUGGGUUUUAAUCUACCUCAUUUUAUCAAAAUAAGUUCUUCAGCUUGUGUCAUUGCUGCUCUAAAUGUCAUCAGUGACUGGUUAUUUUCCUCACAGUGAACGCGUGUUCUUUUGCCUUUUUUCUCCCAUCUUUGUUUUCAUGUUGCUUUAGCCCUUCUCCUGGAGCAGUCUUUUCCAUCUAACUCUUGCUUUGUGGGAGGCAGCACUCCUAGGGCCUAUUUAUUGCCUUUAAGGAUAGCAAGGGGAAGGCAUUUUGAAACAAGGUGUAGAGGAAGGUGAGGGCAAUCACUAGAGAAACCUGUGCUCACAGGCAGCCUACACAGAAAGAGCCAUUAAUUAAGACAUUUCAAAGUCAACUGAUUGUGGACAUUAAUGUCACAAUAGAUCAAAACCUCAUUAUUGCAGGCUCAGUAAGAACCUUCAGUAUUAAUCGGAAAAUCUAAUAGGAAACUAUUAUUGAGAAAUUAGACCAAAUUGAAUCUGAUGAACUUCCCAUCUUAUUAUGCACUGUUUUGGGGUGUGACCCAACAAUUCUGAUGCAAACCCAAGGAAGUCCAGCUCAUGCUGGAGGGGAUGUUACUGUCCCAACGGGCUGAGACUAGUCAGUGGGGUCAUCCUUGUAUCAGACUUUCUCAGCACCCCAAUCCAAAAGUGUUCAUGUCUAGAUCUUACAAGGAUUUGUUGAUUGACCUUCCUGGAACUGGUGUUUCCCAAAUAGCUCCGCUGUGUACAGACCCCAGCUGGACAUUGGGGGAAUUGAAAGGGACAGAAAGCCGUGAUAGUGUGAUUCACCCAGUUGGAGUUGUCAUGUUAGCAGCCCUUUUUGAGGCUGGCCUUGGUGUUCCAAGUUAGAACCUGUGGACAUGAUAUUUUUACCAGAGAUAAGAUUUCUCACUCCACCAUUCAGAGUUGAUCUGAAGAAACACGAUUAGCUGCUUUUUGCCUUUUGUCUUUAUUGCUAAAAGAUUGCUUGAGAAGAAAAGAAUGUCUACUUGGGGAGAAAUACACUGCCUCGUGAACUAGUGAGGUGCCCAUCACGAGAGCUGUUUGAGUUAAAGCUGGUUGACCUCUUGGAAUUCUAGGAUGUUGUAGACAGAUUUCAUGUUUUAGACUGAAUGACCCCCUCUAAGAAGUUAGGUCAAAGGCCCCAGGUAAAUUUGAAAGCAGCUUAGCCCAUCACAAGCUUUCAUUAUGUGCUGUUGCUCUUUAGUUGGUUUGAAAAUGCCACCCUAACGUGAGAUGAGAUGUACAGAAGGAAGGAUGUCUCUUCUCUCGGGUAGGGACAGGCCGCGCUGGCCCGUCCGUGCCCUGCUCAGCUUUGUCCAGAGAUCCAGCUCCUUGUGGAGAGCACCGCAGUCCAGCUCUUUGCUGUCCCUCUGGUCACCCAAUGGUUUCUGACUAGCACCUGUUUCUGAUCCUGAAGCCUUUCUCUAGCAUCCCAAAGCAGGGACUUGCUCCUCUUCUCUAUCCCCAAUCCUUGAUUCAAGUCAACUUGAUCCUAUAUAAUGUUUGGCACUAAGCAAAACACAUUGGAGUUGAGUGGGGUAGGGAAAUCAUUUUUCACCUUAUCAACAGGUUCUUUAAAUAGCAAAAAAAAGGAAAAAAAUAUCUGCCAAAUCUAGAAUAUUUGAUUUCCUGACAAAUAUGCACUGCUUUACCAGAGAGUUCUUAUGAGCACAGACUAAUCUGUUGUGCCCCAGAGCUCCUUACCUGUCCCAAGGUGCUUGGUAGGUGCUCGCUGUCUGUUGUUUGAGAACAUCUUUUGUGCAAACGGAUGAGUACUUGCACACAUUUCUGUCAUGUAAACCUUCGGCGUCCAAGACCCACUCUAGGAAGUGGAGUGAUUGAUUGAGGAGGACAUGGCACAGGAGUUGGGUGUGGAUGCUGACCCCCCCUCAACUGACUCAUAGCGGAUGACCUUGGGCAAGUCAUUUUUCUCUCACUGCCUCAGUCCCCCCCAUCUGCUAAAUGGGGGCAAUAAUACUGACCUACCUCACAGGGGUGUGAGGCAUUGCCAAUUGCUCAAAAAGUACUUUAGGAUCUGUAGGUGGAUGCUGGGAGCUGAAGUCUAAGCCUGGCCCAGGCUUUAGUCCUCACUGAACCGUCUCCAAGAGUGGAAUAAUUUACUUAGCAACCCAGGCCAAAUUGUAUCUCAUCCUCCCCUGCCCCUGCCCCCUACCCCUCCAGUCACCCUUCAUCGAAGCUGCUAUUUCAGAUGUUGACAGUGUUUUCGUAAAUGUUGGAGUCUAACCGCCAAGAAAUAAUUGUGGCAUUGUAGUGGGGGUGGGGGAGGCUCUUGCUGUUCUCUUUGUCUUUCCGCAGAGAAGGUAGGGGUGUCUUUCUUCUCUGGAUUCUAGUGCCCGUGGGCAGAGCGCAGAGAUCCAGGCUGCCCCAGGAGCAGGAAUGGCCCCGCCAGGUUUGAUUCCAUUCUUUCUUGGCUCUCUCCAUACAUUUACAACUGAUCUGAUCUUAGGACAGCAAUAGCCCUCCUGCCAUCUCUAUGGAAUCCGUUCCUGAGCUUCCUCCUGCGAUCUUGUGUGCCUCCCCUUCCUGUUUCCUGUGUAAGGGAAGAAUAUGUAUAUUGCCACAUUGGAAAUAACCAUUUUUAGAGUAUUGUUACAUUGAACACUCCCAGACUAGGGUGUUGAUGCUCCUUGACAUUUCAUCCAAACCGUUCUAUUCAGAAUCUGUUAUCUCUUCCCCUAGCUGGACCUGACAUGGUUUUUACUGGUCUGGUUUGGAAUGAUUUCUCUGGGCCCCACUUUGUUUUCCCAAUCAUAGGCUUCAGGGCCUCAUUUCUUUCUCGGUUUCAGGGGGCUCCAGUCCCCGUCCCCAGCAAGACCCUUUUUUUCCUUCCCUCACCCUCAGCCCUGGACCCAUGAAAAAAGCACAAGGUCGUGGCCCCUUGCUGCUGUUACAUGUUCCUUUACGGACUUCUCUCCUUGUUCUUCACCCAGCGUCGGAAAUGCCAAGCGUGGCUCUUGGGAGGUCUGGAUGAUAGAGAUUGCUCAGCCACCACAGGCCAGGAGUUAGAACUCGGAUUUCUGGCCCCGGAGCCUCUCUCGGCCAACCUCACAGCCUGGGAGCCAGGCUGGCCCCAGAGGCCGGAGCGUAUCUCUCACCCUGCUUCAAGGUGGCUUUCUGUACCAUCCAAAGCAGAAUGGAUCACAGUUUGGAGCCAGAUGUCUGGAUGGAAACUGGGAGAGUGAAUUUUCAAUGGACUUUGUUUUGUUUUGUGGGGGAGUUUGGGGUGUGCUUCCUUGGUUUGAUUUUAGCCAAGUCUGGCUGAUUUUUUUAAAAAGGAAAAUGAUGUAUGUUACACCUUUUAAAUGUAAAUGUUUAAAAAAUAGGCAUUUAUGUGUUUCCACAACUGACAUCCAAUGCAGACCUCAUUCUCUCCCCUUCCACCGCCUUCCUCCUUUUCUCCCUCUUUUCAUACUCUUGUAUUGGUUCUAAUAAAUGGUUGCUUUUCAAA